CUCUUGUGUUAGAAUCUCAAUUUCAAACAAGUCCAGACUUUGGAUUUUUUAUUGCUUGAUAUAUCUUGCUUAAUAAUAUUCGGCUAAAAUAAACUUGUGCUACCUUGUAACCUGGUACUUUCCAACAACUUAUUUGAAGACAAGCUCAAUAGUUAGUAUUUAGUUUAUUAGUUUUUUGAAUGUUAUAAAAUAGUUAUUUCCUUAGUUAUAUUUUAAGUUUCUAAGUUGCAUUAUGUUCAACAAGAUUAAAUUCUUGAUGGAAUUCUCAACAUGAUCACUAAUCCAAGGGUUGAAAGUUGAGGGAAGUCGUACUGGUAAAGUCAUAGCAAGAUGGUGAAGGUGAUUUGGAUCUUAUAUCUUAUGUUUCUAUGGUGCUUAUUUUACUUGUGUCACUGUCAUCUCUCUCUUUCUCCAGUAUGUUUCUACUAUAUUAGAAGAGUGGGUUAUGAUUUGGGAUCGAUAUUUUAGGUUAAUGUCGUUUAAUUUCAAUUUGAGGGCAUUUUAGUCUUUUAACAUACCUAAAUGCAACUUGGCUUUUUUCGCUGAAACUAAAUAGACACGUAUCAGCUGGAUACUUUUAAUGCUUCUUGCUCAUUCUUUCGCAGUUUUUCACCCUCAUCUCCUCUGAUUUUGCAACUCUCCAGUUAUACUGGUGAUUUUAGCAUUUAAUGAAAUAUAUAUUACAUGCCCAUUGGGCUAUAUUGACUGCUCUUGCUGCUUUGAAUUCAAAAAUGUUAUAGCUUAUGGGACUCUUUCAGCUUUUGGAACCUAUUAGGUGGUGAGAAUGGGCUAUUCAAAAGCUUAAAGUUGAUAUCUUUUAUUUAUGUGCUGAUGCUAAAUUUUGCUUGAUUAAUAGGUGACGAUAUCCUUAACUAUUGAUAUUACUAUUGUAAAUUCUUGGAACUCGCAUGCUUCAGCUUUGGCUAAUUUAGGAGCCAAAUCAUCAAUAACCAAACUUCUAACCUGGAUCACGGAUCCAUUAAGGUAUUCACAUAGACACCAAAAUUUGUUUUAUUCCUCUAUUUUGUUACCAUAGAUGGACUCUGUGAUUGUAUUGGUUGGGAUUUUCUAUAUUUUUACCAAGGUUCUAGAUUGAGGAUUUCAGGAUGGUGUUGAUAGUUGCAAGUUUGUGGUUAUAGACUUUUUAUGGGUUCUUUUCUUCAUGAAUCAAAGGAGCAGAGCUUCUAUUUGAUUUCUCUUUGUUUAUUUCUUCUCCUUCAUCAUCACCUUCUUAUUUAUUUUCUUUCAUUCACUAAUCCCAUCACCAUUGCUAUGAAUCGAAGUCCUUAUUGAUCAAUAUCUAUUUUUGUGGCUUCAUUGUUGGAGCAUAAGUAGCAUAUUCAGAAACAGAUGAAACGUCCACUACUGCUGAUCACCUUCAGAUAGAGCAAGACAUGACAUUUAAUUGGGAAAAAUCUCCUCACUUCAUCUAUGAAGUUGACUAAAUACCAUUAUUUCAUCUCCAUACUUAGAGGAAAGAUAAUCAUAGCUCUAAGAGCUACCACAUUCUUGGUGAAACUAGAAAAAAGCCCAGGUAUCCUAAGAUUUGAUUGCUCCCCUCAAUUGGGAAGUGGCAGCCCUUCCGAAUUUGGACAAAAAUCUUUUUUCCUUGCUGAUGUGGUUAAUGCAAUAACUCAGGAGUUGUGUAGCAAUACUCUUGAGUGUGUCAUCAAUAGGUUGAAAAUGGCAGCUCAAAAUUUUCUUUCGCUCGAAACAAGUGGAAGGAGCUCACAAGAUAGGAGAGACGUUAUGAUUAAAUUACAUUGUAUUUUUCAAGAUAAUCACAUUUUUAUCACAAGACUUAUUAUUUUGUCAUUAAUUGAUUAUAUUUGUGAUAAAACAUAGUAUUUGUCCUAGAA